AUCUCCGCACUUCAGUUUCACCACCUGUACAACACAGUGAUAAUCAAGUGUGCCUACCAGCAAUCCAACAUACCAAUAUCUGAAGCUCCCAGAGAGAGGGGACUGUCUUCUUGCCCGUCUGCUCCCACUUGUACCAACCCCAGGUUAUUCAAACACAUCAGUUGAGACAGUGACACCCAGCCGCCCUUCUCUGCCUCUCCCGUGCUGGAGGGACUGCAAGAUCCUGUCAGGGACGAGGCUUCUUUCUCAUUUGGCCUCAGGUGAAUGAGUGGCUGGGUUUGCAGUUUCGCAACAACAAAAACGAACCCUGCUGCCGGGGCGGGAGGCACCUGCUGGUAUUACAGCAGCAGAGACCGGGAUCCGUGCGGUCAGUGAGCGAGCUCAGAGCGAAGACAAUUCUCAUUUCCUCUGGAGGAGGCGGAGCGGCGCCUCAAAGGGGCCAGCCCAGCAGGAGGCGGGGCGUCCCCGAUCAUGUGUCAAGAUUAGCUCUGCGCACGCAGCCCCGGUUGGCUUUUCCCCGGCACAAGCUCGGUUCCGCCCCGGAGAACCAGGCCCGGGAAGAGUGCAGAUCCGGGGAGUAUACGGAACCGCGCAACGUCGCCUCGGCCAGUGUGGAACGCGGAGCAGAUACAAUGUAGCGAGUGGAGGAGCUGGGGAGAGACCGGGAGCCACAACCACUCCGUAUCACAAGGGAGACCGGUAGCGUCCUUCCGCCCUUUUCCCGGGAAAUCAGUGGUUAUUCCUGGAGUAGCGACUGAGAUUUGGGCAGGCCCCGACCCUUGAGAUGCUCCCGUACAACUGCCGGAGCUCGGGGUGAGGCCCUGGGCGGCUCCCCUGCCCCAGUCAUGUCCCCCGGACCCACGUGAAACCCUUACCGGCUUUCCUGAAGUUGCUUGAGCAGAGAGCACCAUGGAGCUGGAGCUGGAGCUGGGCUGGGCGGCUCUGGUGCUCCUCUUCGCCGCCUCCCUGCUCACCGUCUCGGCCUGGCUGUUGCAGUAUUCCCGGAGCGUGUGGAGCGACCGGGGAAAGCCGGAGACCUCGGGAGCAACUCUAAGGGAAGCAAGCAUCUGGAAGUCCUUACUGAGGCUGCGGGUGGCCCGGGACGGAGCGCCCGAGGAGGCGGUAGCGGGGGCCAGAGGGCUCCUUGCCUCGCUCUUUGCCUUCAGAUCCUUCCGGGAGAACUGGCAGCGAGCUUGGGUGCGAGCUCUCAACGAGCAGGCCUGCAGGCACGGGAGUUCAAUCCAAAUCACAUUCGAAGAGAGUCCUCAGCUUCCACCAGCGGUGAAUAUAAGUCACGUGACCUGCACAGGCCAGGCAGACCACAGUAUGGUAUUGCACUGCCAUCUGUCAGCUGAUGCUGUGAAGUUCCCAGUCUCUGUCACUCAGCAGUCUCCAGCUGCUGUUGCCAUGGAUACCUAUCAUGUCACUUUAGCUCUGCUGCAGGCCCAGGUGGAGAUCCGUUUGGAGGAGCUGCAGAAUGAGGGCCUGCUGGUGUCAUGGACAUUCAAGAACAGACCAGACUUGAACCUUUCAGUUGUUCCGAAACUUCAGCCCCGUGAAAAGAAUGAUGGGAAAGUGGAUCUGUCCACCAUAAAGGACCUGAUUGAGGACUCAGUUAUCAGCACCCAGCCUGCCAUGAUGGUGAAUCUGAAGGCAUGCACUGCUGGUAGCAAUGUGAUGUCCUGUGAAAAACUGUCCCAAGAGUCCUCAUCUAAUAUAGUGCCCUCUACAGUGUCCAAGUUAAUUCUCCGGCAUAUGCAGGUGGUCAACUUGAGCUGUGAAGAGGAAGGAGGAGGUGGGAAGCUAUGCUGUGUAGCUGAGCUAGACAGUCCUUUGCAGCAGAAAUGGACAAAGCCAACGAGAGCAAGCAUCUCCAGCACUGCAGCAGCAGUGGAGUGGAAUGAGGAGCUCAUGCUGGAGCUGGGACCACGAAGCAAAGAGUUGAAGCUGAGAGUACUGGGGAACAGCAGUGAUGGGGAGAAUGUGCUUCUGGGAUAUACUACUGUUUCACUUGACUCCUGCACCAAACAGCCAUCUGGGAGGCUGGUCUAUUCUCUGAGUCCAGGAGCUGGGCAGCUGCUGACACCUGCGGCUACCCUUACACUGGAGCUGCUCUACCACGAGUCUCCUUUGUCCCCGAAUCCCCAGUAUGCCACAUCGCUGCGCACCAGCAUCACUCCCACCAAAAAAAUUGAAAUGGACCGUACCAUCAUGCCUGAUGGCACCAUUGUGACCACUGUCACCACCGUCCAGUCCAGACCCAAGGUGGACUGUAAGCUGGAUUCACCUUCGAGGUCCCCAUCCAAAGUGGAAGUGACAGAGAAGAUGACGACAAGGCUUUCAGAGAGCAGUUGUCCCAGCAGUGCCUUAGCCAGCAACAGCUCGGACAGUCACAUGUCCAAUGGCUUGGAUCCUGUGACCGAGACAGCAAUCAGGCAGUUGACUGAAACGAAUAACAAAUCUGCCAAGAAGACCCCUACAAAACGCAGCACACUUAUCAUCUCGGGAGUUUCCAAGGUACCAAUUGCCCAAGAUGAAAUGGCACUUUCUCUUGGUUAUGCGGCAUCUAUGGAGGCCACCAUGCAUGGAUACUCCAUAAUGGCAGGCAUGUGUAACCACCCGCAGAGCUCCACUGAGCCGUCCCAGCUGCUGGAAGGAUCAUUCUCAGGACAGAGAGCUAGUCAGGAGCUGGAUGAGACAACACAGUCAGACAUCUCUGAGAGACCCUCAGUGGAGGAUGUGGAAUCUGAAACUGGCUCCACAGGAGCCCUCGAGACCAGGAGCUUAAAGGAUCACAAAGUCAGCUUUCUCCGGAGCAGCACCAAGCUCAUCUUCCGGAAGAAGAAUAAGCAGAAGGAAGCAGGCCUGAGCCAGUCGCAUGAUGACCUGUCCAAUGCCAGCACCAGCUCUGCCACCAGGAAGAAAGCCAGCAGCUUCUCCCGGCGCCUCAUCAAGCGCUUCUCCUUCAAGUCUAAAUCAAAACCCAAGGCCAAUGGCAGCACAACAUCAAUGGGCGAGAACUAAGACGGACACCGCCCCUCCCCUGGUGCUUUAUGUUGGUUGAGGAGGUAAGGGAGUUAUGAACCUAAAAUUUAGGUUGAUUAGCCACCCUGUUUCUGCCUCUUCUGGAUAUCAUGACCCAUUUGCUCUUGCAUAAGACCUGAUAGCUUGCUAAGCAGUCAUUCUGACUGCUCCUGGCACUGGUGGAAUGACUCCAUGUUCUCCUGAUUGCCUUGCACCUUGGACUUGUCCAGAUGACCAGCUAGAAGGGGGACAGGGCCUCUGAGGUGUCUUCUCCAGGGUUAAGACUUAACCCUUUAGUUCCUGAAAUCUUUAACUGUAUGGCAAAAGAGACCUUUGAAUAACGUUUUUGGGGAAAAGGGGUUAAUCUUUGGAAAAUGAAGGUUCCUCCACUGUACUUCUGCAUUUUGCAGAGUUCAUGGCCUGACUGAGGAGUAACACCUGUUUGCUGCAGCCAGCCAGCUGGGGUAAAUUUUCAGAGGAAAGAGUAACUCCAUAAACCAGUUAUGCUAUUUGAACAGUGCCCCCCUGUUUUGUAGAGUAUUUUGGGAAUUUUUCUUAUAAAUGAAAGGAUGUACCAGAAGAAGGGAACACGAGAUGAGACUCUGCAAGACAACUGGGUCCUUGCAAAAGUCCUCUUAUUCUCACUACUGCAGCAGCUGCUAGCCAGACAUAAGGCUCCCCACUACUGCCAGGGUGUUUAUAGAAAGAUGAACUGAUCCAUAGAUGUAGCUCCCCCAUAUGUGGUGUCCACCACAUCUAGCUGUCUGGACCAGCAGCUAGUCUUUGUACGUAUGGCCUCCUUUCCUUACAGAGAUGUUUGGGGCCACUGGAGAAGCAGAUGUUCUUCGGUCUUGUAGAAUGCAAGCACAGCUGUUGUGGUCCAUGAGUGCUCUACUCUGAAGACCAACAGGAUGCUUGGAAAAUAAGGGGUAGAUUUGCACUAGAGGAGUGUUUGCUAUGUAACUUGAAGUUUAUUUUAGUCCCCCAUGUGCCCCAUUCUUUAGUGGAAAGAAUGAAGGUGAAGUCCUCCACAGAAAAGAUUUAACUUGUUAAAAUGGACCUUUCCCUAGUGACUCCUGAUGGCAGUGACUCUUCCUCCUGCAAAUCUGAUUCUGACUAUGUAUCUUUCUUUCAAGUACUAUAUGAAUGUACUCGAUUUGUCUUGUAUUGGCAGAGGAAAUGAAGGCCCCUACAUUUCUUAGCAUCAACUUCAUUGCAUGAAAGAGAAUCAAGUAGACAGCUAGGCAGACUCUUUCCCCUGAAUGUGGCAGGGAGUUAGAAGUUGCUGAAUUUACUUGUAUUGUGAAGUUCCCUUCAGGCCCACUUUGAAUGAGUCAAACCAAGAACAUUUUGGAAGGAACCAAUGUCCUAUGAGAGUAUCAUGUGGGAAUAAAUGGUUUGAAAAGGAGCAUCUGCUCUUCAGCAGGAUGUAGAAGUGUGGAGAAGGGAGACCAGAGAAGAAAUCAUCCUAAAAGAUGAGGUCACCUGGGACUGGUCUUAUUUUCCUCCUCCCCAAGUCACUAGGGUGGCUACUAGGAUGGGAAAUCAUUUCUGCCUAGAAAGGAGAUGUUGUGGUGUGUGUGUCUCUUUUUGUUUUGUUUUAAAGGCAGCUUGUAUGUGUGAAAAAAUUAUUCCUGGGUGAUUGCAGGAGGACGACAAUGAGGUUUUGCAAAAAUUACAGAGGAAGUCCUGUCUAUAGGAAAAUCCUUGAACAGUGAUCGUGGGGCACAUCAAAAGACUAGAAGGGGGUUAGCAGUGUAUAACUGAAGAGUUUAGGGCCAGGAACUAUUCAUGUUCCUGGGCUCAGGGCAGCGCUAAGCUCUGGGUAGGAUCCAGAGUGCACAGCUAUGAUUUGAAAGCUAACGAGUGGGGCACCUAAGUUAGAGGUGCUCUUUAGCAUUGUCCCCCUCACCCCAGCUAGACGGGGGUGUGCACAGUAUAAAACUGGUCAAGCUGGCCAGUACCCUCCUCUUUUUUCCCAGCUUUUGGUCCUGAACGGUCUGUUCAGUCUCAACAUCCUUUCUAUUUUUCUCCCUUUUCCUUCCUUACUGAGAAACCAUCAUGCUUAUGCCACUCCUUCCCACAAGUUAUCGGCCUACAGCACCUGCUAUCUGUCACUGAAACAUGAGCUCCUUGAUGGAGACUGUGCCAAGAUCUCAGUUGUGUCAUGUUGGCAGUUUUGGAUGACUCCUAGAAAGAUGUAUCACCCACCUUUCUGUCACAGCUCACCUUCCUCUGUGGCCUUUUCUGACUGGAAAUCCUCCACCUCCCUCAUUCUUGGUUUUGUAUGUUUUUUCUUUCUCAACUUUCGGGAGGUAGUUUGAGACUAAAAGUGGUUAAUGUUCUGAAGCCAGACAACAUCAAGAUUUCUCCAACAGCUACCUGUGAAACCCUUCAGUGGACACUGUAGCAGCUUCCCGGGAAGGCUGAAGAUAGUGAAAUAUACAUAUUUUGAGGUUAGACUGAACAUAAACUGUGAUCUGAACAUGACUUUGAAUAAGAGAAACAAGCAACUUCUGAGCCGGAACGUAACUGUUUCAUAAGUUUUGAUUUGAGCUUUAAUUCUUCUUAAACAACAAAUGGAAUGGGCUGGCCCUGCUGGAGAGGAUCUGACUGUGGAAAUGCCAGUGAAGCUCGUUGUGCACUUCUUGAAAUGUAAGAAUCCAGACACUUCAAUACACCCAGAUAGCCCUUUGCAGGUGGCUGCAGGGCAUGGUGGAUGUCUCCUUAGCAGGGUUAAACUAGGAGUCACAGCUUUACUUUCUUAUGAGCUUUUAUUUAAAGUGUCUGAUGACUGGGUGAUCGUAUUCUUAGAGCAGGGUUGCUCAGUUGUAUGGUCUUGGUUAAAUGACACAUUCUUCUCCUGUUCUGCAUCUUCACGUUUGUACUCAGUAAUUUUUCAUAUGUAGCUGCUACCAUGCACAAACAGUAGAUUGUGGGACUUUUGCCCAUGCCUUUUGUGUACUUCUGGGUACUUGAUAUAUAAGGAAUGGUGAUGCUUCAGCCUCACAAUUAGGUGGGAUUAGGUCAAGUAACUGAUCUACCUUUGGCAUACUUCCAGGUGAAAGAGGCCAUGUACAUCUUUAGCACCCAAACACUUUGAGAAUUUGAUGUGUUUAAGGAGCAAGUCCUAUGGGAUUUUAUUUUCAAAAUUGAUCUGUGAGUCUUAAAAGAUCUAACUUUUUCUUUCUGUACUUAUAUUGAUUGCUUUGAAAUGUUCGCUGUGUAAACUACUUUUCACAGAGGCUGUAGUACCCUCAAAGGGUUAUUUAUUCCCUCAACCACUUGACUGCUCAUCUUGGUGCUAUCACAGUAAUUUAUGGUAUAACUGCCAGGAUCUGCAAGGAUGAAGAUGGCAGAUUUUUCUGCACUCUUUAGAUUAAAGCUGCAGAGCAUCUCCUUAAAGGGUCACUGGGGUCAAACACUUAAAUUUAAUAAAAACUGGUUGUUUACCAAAUAUCGGUAUUUUGAUGUGUAUUGGAGGAAAACUGAAUGUAAAGUUUUAGGGGUUGCUUGCUUUUUUUUUUUCUUCUUUUUGGGGGGGGGAAGAAUUGCAUUCUUUUGACACAUCUGCUGUGCAUAUAGUGCAACAUUCUGCUGGCUGUUUGAGAACCAAAAAGUGAAAGUGAUUCUGAACAAAUGAAGCCACAGUGUCAUUGCCUAGGCUGAAGCUAAUGCAAAAACUACACAAUGUAAAUGAAUGUUAGUCUCUAAUAUGAUGGUAAUAACACACAGCUAAAGAAAUGCAUUUUAAAAAUAGUUUUUAAUUUGAAUGCCCUUUUCUAAUUAGCCAUCAAAGCUGUUAUUUAAGCCUAUAGAUGAAAAAUUAAAGUCCAUUUUCUGUCCUUAGUCUACAGGCAAUCUCAUCUCAUGUCAAUAGAAAUUGCAUGCGUAGAUAAGGGAUGCUGUGCAGCUUUAAAUGUUAAGAGACACACACACACACAGGCUUAAGUGUAAAAGGCAGUGUUAUGGAGAUCUCUCUUUCGAAGGAUGUUUCAGAAAGCUUCUUGUUAAUGGAACCAAAGUGUGUGUGUGUGUGCUGAGGAGCAGGGUUCUUUGUAAACAGCAUUGUUCGGCUAUCUUUUUACAGGCUAUGAUAUGAACUGAUUGAAAAGGAGAGGUAUGAUCAGUAGGUCUGCUUACUAGCCUUUACAGACUUUGUGGUGAACCAAACUGGCAAUCCUCCCAAUUCCCAUAGGCAUUUUUUGUAAAGUGGUAUAUUUAAAAAAUAAAAUAAAAAUGAAAACUG